AUGACGUCUAUCUGUUACAACCGUUACUGGGAGGCGUUAUCGGCGUUAUGCCAGAUGGGUCAGGCAUUGUUGAACGUAGUAUCUCUGGCAUUUUCGUAUGAACGGACGGAGCGGGAAAUGGACGGGUUGACGGGUACGGAAUGGAAGGCACAGGUAGUGCACACGGCAAGUUUACUACAUGCGACGUGUAUAGCAAGUUUGAAAUGUGAGGCUACAAUAGUGGGUAAGCCGUUGGAUGUAUUUGGUGGUAUGACCGAGACAGAAAUGCGUGAAUUAAAUUCGGUGGAUGAUCAGAGUGCUCUGGUGUUAUAUUGGCUACAGGACUUACUAGCAUCUCGAUUAGCGAGUGGUGGAUUGGAUAUACGGAAUCCUCCGGUGGUGGCCCAGGUUUGGACGAGUUUAGUGAACUACGUAAACGCAUAUGCGAUUGCUAAAAAGAUUGCGCAGUUCCCGCUACCAUUACCGUUGCAUCAAUCGUUAGCAUUCAGCGACAUUUUUGUAGCAUUCCUAUCUCCGUUUGUCAUCUCCGCAUUUGUACCUAGCAUUACUGUUUGUCUUUUAAUAGUGUUUGCUACAAGUGCUGCUUACCAUGGAAUAUUUAUUGUCAACGCCGCGUUACAGCAACCCUUCGGCACCAAGUCAUGUCACCUGCCACUCGCCAUGCUACAUCGACAGGUUAUCAAAGGCAUGUUGUCGCUCGUCACGCAAAAGGUGGCCGAGAAAAUUGUUAAACUUGGCGAAGACGAACAUGAAGCUGCAGCAUCCGAAGAACCCAGUGACUUCGUAUUCCCUGCCGUAGAUCGACAUUAUAUCUAUGAAGCUAUGCACAAAAGGAAACCACACAAAUUCACCCACUCCGGCUCCGGUGUACUCACACAGGUCUCCAUGUUCAGCCAUACCGAUCCACACACCACUAAACAUCACACACCUGGCGUCCUUACACUCAACCAUUGUGUAGCCACCGGCUUCUCUCCUAUACCAACUGAUCUAGUACCACUACCUAGCAUCAAACAUCCUGCUUUCAACAAACUUCCAAGCCAACCAAAAUCCGACAAAAACCUAUACUCCAGAACAGAACUAAACAAAACCGAAACUGAAGCAGAAGUGGAAGCCACAAACACCCAACAGAAAGUUUGA